ACUACUACUACUACCACUACUACUAGUGUGUGUGUGUGUGUGGUGCCCCUACUGAGCUGCCCUGCGUGGGACUGCCAGCCUUGGGGCAGGUACAGCAGGGAGAGAGUAGCGAAAUCGUAGGGCAACAUGAUCAGAUAACAAAGCCGGCACGGAGGAGCACUGGACUUGGGCCGCAACCAAGCCAGAGGUGAGAACGUGGUCCAGAGUACCGCCCGUGGGUGAGUAGCGCUGCCAGUGUCCCACUCCCAGCGCGUCAGGUGAUGCUUGCGGAUGCACGAUAAUAGUAGAACACCUGGACGAUUGGAGGAGCCAGAGCGAUCUCCCAAACCAGGAUGCCGAGCAUUGAAAUCCCCCAAAUACACCAUGCCCCGUACUGUAGGAGAAGGAAGAGCAGCAGGAUGGAGGCGAGCAGGGGCAAAGUAGACAUUGCAGAUCUGUAAGACAGCACUCCCUACCGUCACCUCAAAAAGCUGAAAAGUCACUUCAGUGUCGGUGGAGGUGCGGGGAAGGCGGUACGUCAGAGAACUAUGGAUGUAGGUUAGGAGACCAUUUCGUACCAUGUGGACAUAUGGGAUAUAACCAGUAAAGGAAGGAGCCUCCCCAGCGAUAGGCCGGCCUGAAAAGCUUCCUGGAGAAAAAUUACGUGUGGAUGAUGGGAGUACACAAAGGCCACCUCCACCGCACACCGCCGCGCACCGCUUGCCAACACCAUCGAGUGGUUCUGCCUGGCGUGCCCCACUGUUCGAUACCUCCUACCCCAAGGUCUGCCCCUUGAUGCUGUCUGUCACCAUAUUCUGGUGCCCGAUUUUCUUGACGAGAUUCUCGUGCGUUACCCUCGAUUUGACCUCAAGUACUCAGAAGGGGAGCUCCGCAUGGCGUGCUGCUCCAGGCGGGUGUUCCACAUUGAACAAAUGGAGGCGAGACUCCUCUCAUGGUUCUCUUUCUGCGUGGCUGUCGACUUGUCUACCUACGCCGCUUCCUUCGUCUUCGGGAACACCGUCAAGAACGUCACCCUUUUCGACUCUUUGCAGAACUCAAGUCGUCCCCUGGAGGUGGUGGGCGGCGGCACCGUGAUAGUGGGGCAGGACCAGGACGAGCAGCUGGGAGGCACUGACAAAGACCAGAGCUUCAACGGCUUCAUCGUGGACAUGCUCCUGACCCAGAGUCUGCUGACGGUGCGGGACAUGACGGAUUACGUCAGCUGCAACAUGGACAGGCUACGCACAUUUACGUACAUACUGGAUUUUAAGAACAUCACGGAAGACUUCAUUCUGGGUGCCGAGACUGUCGUGGCAGAGGUGGGCGACGUGUGCAGACCCGGGAGGGACAAGAGGCUGUCUGUCUUCCCGGAGGCGCGGACCAAUGCCGAGGCCAAUCACUUCUGCUCAACGCUCAACGGAUAUAUCGUCACGCCGCUCAGUGACGAGGAAAACAUGUCCCUCUUCAACGAAGGCUCACAAUUUAGAGACAAAUGCACGGAAUUUGACAAGAAGAAUGCCAUGUGGGUGGGCGUGUUCUGGGAUCCCAGCGCGAGGCUGUGGAAAAACCAAAUCACCUCGGAGGAAGCAAAGUUCAAAAACUUCGAGGUGGAGAUCAUGCCUUCGUCAAACGAGAGGUUGUGCGUCUCGGCCGCCACGGUGUCUGAAUCUGCCAGUACCACACUGCAGGGCGUUUGGGACAUUGAGUCUUGCCAAAGGGAGGUCUGCACCGCCUGCCAGUUCGAGCGGUCACUGCCGCUAAAGAUCAGAGGGCUGUGCGCGGAAUCUCACUUUGACCGCAGUUACUACAUCUACGGCACCUUAAGCUUCCGCCCCGUUUUUAAUGGCGCAAGAUUAUCCAGAAUAGAGUGGCGGGACAACAGCACCUGGGUGUUGUAUCAGAUGGACAACCCAUUCAUCAGGGCCCACAUGCUGGACUCCACCGACACGGGCUACCCGGUGGGCGUUCAUGACUACGAAGUUAUAGGGGACAAAUGCCCAGGGAAGGUACAAAGGCUGAAGCUGACCUCCUGCCGCGGCAACACUUUCACCUGCGGCGACGGGGAGUGCAUCGACAUCAGCCGGCGGUGCAACUUGGAGCUGGACUGUGACGACCACAGCGACGAACUCAACUGCGACACGCUGAUCAUCCAGCCCGGGUACGAGAAGCGGCUGCCGCCCCCGAAGAUAGACAGCAACACUCCCGCCGGGGUGGCCAUCGACUGUGACAUCCUGCUGAUUCGAAAGCUGGAUCUCCUGAGCGCUCAGCUGAUUCUGGACGUGGCAAUCAAAAGAACCUGGUACGACUCACGCAUCCACUUCAAGAACCUUCACUCCGACCACAAUCUGAACCAGAUCAGCGACCCAAUGGAGAUUGUGUGGUACCCGGACCUCACGGUGGUGGGCUCAGACAACAGCCACGUGAUGUCCACCUUCUAUGUUACCAAGGCCUGGGGACAGCGCUCCUCCAAGCCUCUCCCGGACGACGACACUCUCAUCGAUGAAGACGUCUUCUUCCCAGGGAGCAGCAACCCGCUAGUGCUUCACCGGGAGUUCACCACAACCCUCAUGUGCACCUUCGACCUCACCCUCUACCCGUUCGACACCCAGAGCUGCCCGAUGCUCCUCUACGUGGCGGACUACACCUUCCAGUAUGUCUCCACCAGUCUGCAGAACGUCACCUUCUCCGGGACGCGCCGUCUGCUGGAGUACCGGGUCACCUCCGUCAUUCACCGCUCCUUCCUCCAUGAGAACAAGAGCGGCCAGCACAUCGAGAUCGUGAUAACCAACCUUUACGGCUAUUACAUCAGCGGCGCCUACGUGCCCACCAUGCUGCUUGUCAUCAUCUCCUACCUUACCUUCUUCUUCGACCUCUCAGACUUCACAAACAGGAUCAUGGUCUCCCUAACAUCCCUCCUGGUGCUGGCCUCGCUCUUCUCCCAGAUAGCCUCGGGACUGCCCAAGACUGCUUACAUGAAACUCAUCGACGUUUGGUUCAUCUUUUGCAUCCUCGCCGACUUCGUGAUGGUGUUUGUGCUAGUGGUGAUCAAUUCCUGCAUGCUGAAGAAGGAGGAGCCCUCGCCACCAAGCUUCCAUCGGGUUCGGCCUUUCUCCGUCACCGCGUCCACCUCCUUGGCCUCCUAUCCCUCUGGACUCAAGCCUCGCUCCCGCCUCUUCCACAAGCUGCCGUUCAAGGAGAAGGGGACAGGCUGGCAGGUGCUGGACCCUCGGCGGUGCAACACGAUGGCGCAGGUAUCCCUUCCCAUCCUCCUGAGCCUGUUCGUUCUGAUCUAUUUCGGCAGCGUCGCGUAUUACAUGGAGCGUGUCGAGGCCGAGUUUGGCGUAUAGAGCGCAUAGAUCACCAAAGAGAGAGAGAGAGAGAGAGAGAGAGAGAGAGAGAGAGAGAGAGAGAGAGAGAGAGAGAGAAUAAACAGUAUGAAUUA